UUUGGCAACAUGGAAGGAAUCACCACAGCGUUCCUGGAUGAGUUCCCAGUAUUACGGAGUGGGAAAUGGAAGGUGUUGUUCCUAGCUGCACUGUGCUUCACAUUCUAUCUGCUGGGCCUGCUGCUUAUCACUGAGGGUGGCAUCUACUGGUUCACUCUCAUCGAUGCGUUCAGCACCAGCUUCGGGCUCAUCAUCAUCACUCUCUUCAUGUGCCUGGGGAUCGCUUUCUUCUACGGUGUUAACCAGUUCUGUAAUGACAUUAUUGACAUGAUCCGUCUCUGCCCACCCUGGUGCAGCAAGGUGUUACUCUAUUUCAAGGCUUGCUGGACCCUGUUUACACCCCUGCUGCUCCUGUUCAUCUUGAUGUAUGUAUUUAUUGAGAUGUACAAUACACCCCUGCAUUAUGGCUCCUAUGAGUUCCCACUGUGGGGGAAGGCACUGGGUGUGUGUCUGGGGGUGCUGUGCUGUAUACAGAUCCCAUUCUGGGCUGUGGCUGCUGUGCUGAAGGAGUCUGGAACGUGGCGAGAUCGGUUUAGGAAAGCCAUCCGACCCCUGAACUCAUGGAAGGUGACAGGGGGUGAGCGGACGUUCACACCACAGACAGUCGACGUGCCUUUCUCAGUGACACUGACUGAGCACGACUUCAACGAGGUGCAAGCCUGAAUCUGCAGGCUGGGCCAGGGGCGGUGAUGGUACUGGAAACAGCGGAGGGCAAGGACGGGACUAGGGGGCUUCUGCUGCAGAUCAGCUCCUCGAAGAUAAGAGGAAAUGGACCCUUUGCCUCUCCUGGUUAUAUGUUUGAACAGAGGGCACUGGAAAAUACAAGGUCCUAUGGUGCUCAACAGACAGAGUUUACCCAGACUGAGAGUCAAUACUGCCUCCCCACAACCCAACACGCGGUCUUCUGGACCAGAAACCCUUGCUUCCAGGGAAUCCUUGUCUCCCCCAACAUACCAGCCCCUUCACCGACAUGUUCUAUCCCAUACGAGAACCCGAUGGGAUCAUGUGGGAAGUCACAGCCUCCCCUGUGCCACCUUGCCAUCACCAUGACGCCAGUUCAGUGGGUGAUCUACACCGUGCACUAUUCAACGCUGUGUUGGACUUGUACAGAGAGGCCUUCCAAUAAUCGCGUCACAGAGACAGUCAGAUUGCUCUGGUUUCUAUCGGCUCUUGAGGGUGUGCGAGCCAUAUUACCCGCCUCAGCCCUCUCCCUAAGGCGCAGGCCAGUGUAAUGUUGGCAACUCAGCAACAAAUCCGCACAAAGGACAACGAAGCAAAAUAAAUGGCCAGAUAAUCUGUUUGUGUAGUGAUGUUGGUUGAUUCAGGAUUGGACACCAGAUAUCAGUGAGAACCUCCAACUGUCCUUUUGAUCCUGCCCAGCAGCCUUUUUGCAUCCACCUGACAGAGCAUACAGAGCCAUGUUACCCAAAAAGAUGGCACCUCCAACAUUUUGUCAGCACUGACCCUCCGACAGUGCGGCACUCCCUCAGCACUGACCCUCCGACAGUGCGGUGCUCCCUCAGUACUGAC